CAUAAAGUGACACACACACACACACACACACACACCCAUCCAUCCAGAUACACACUGAAGCUGGUGCGAGAGAGAGCAGAGAAAGAGGUGGACGAGCUCAGUUGACCUGAUCACCGACUCGUCUGCAGCGAUGUUCCACAAAUCAGCUCUCUUUGCGAUCCUGGUGUCCGUUCAGCUCGGUGGCUGGUCGGCUGCAGAUGAAAUAGCUCCACCUGUUGAGGAUAAGAACGACUCUCUGCCAUCCAGAAGGAUGAGAUUUUCCGCGCAGAAUUCAGCUGAGAUCAUCCGGUGCCUGAACAACGCACUCCACGUGGGCUGUGGGGCAUUUGCCUGUCUGGAAAAUUCAACCUGUGACACCAAUGGGAUGUACGGUAUCUGCAGGUCCUUCCUGUAUAACGCUGCAAAGUUUGACACUCAGGGAAAAGCAUUCGUCAAGGACAGUUUGAAGUGCAUCGUUAACGGAAUCACUUCCAAAGCCUUCUUCACCAUUCGUAGAUGCUCGGCUUUUCAAAAAAUGAUAGCGGACAUUCAGGAGGAGUGUUACAGGAAACUGGACAUCUGUACAAUGGCAAAGCAUAACACUGUGGCAAUAACAGAAGUCAUUCAGCUCCCUGCGUAUUUCAAAAACAGAUAUUACAACAAGCUGCUGAGGAGUCUUCUGGAAUGCGAUGAUGAGACAGUGAACGGCAUAAGAGAGAACAUGAUGGUGGGCUUGGGGACGCAUUUUUCUGGCUUCGUUCACCUGCUGCAAAGUGACCACUGCUUGUCAUCACCACAGAGGACCAGCUUCAACAGCCGGUCAUCCAGCGAACACCAAAAACUGCGCGUCUUCCUCCGGAAUCUCAAUGGCCAACAGGCAGCCGCCCGUCUGGGCACAAAGCUGACAUCGGCUGAGAAUGAGUGAUAAUGGAGGAGGGUAAGGAAAGGAUGCCUGGACCUGUCUGCAGAACCAAGGUGUUCCCAGUGUAAUCCUUCCAAUUGGUACUGUUCAUAUCAUGGCAGCUAACAGGGAGCAAGUGCCCAAAUCCAACUUGAGCAGGAGACUAACUAGUGAGCAGUAAGCAUCAAAGUGCAAGCUCUUUAAACUGGCAGAGAGUAACCGAGAGUCAGAGCAUCUUUUUUCCUUAGAGAACACAAGCCAAAUACAUGUUGGUUUGAAUCCAGUCCAGGUCAAUUAUCAGCAUUAAUAUUUCCAAAUGCCACUCACUCCCUUUAUCUUUUCCCCCAGCAAUGUUAACCUUCCAUCUGGAGCAGAUGAUGUGAGAUGUUAGACAACUCCGAGUAGCCACUGAAGCUGGCUGUGGGCAGAUAUAUUCGGAAUAAAUGAAUAUCUCUGCUUGAACAGUAGGUACAGGAAUAUUACAUAUAGAGUAACUCUUUCGAGUACAAACCCGUUUCCAUCUGUUUCAGAUGAAGUUAAUUGUUUCAUAGUUUGCCAUUGUGAGAUUUGAACUCUUGAUCCAGCUCAGCUAUCGCCGGCUUUCAGCCUUAUGCUGGACCUGGCAGGUAGUUGAGGUCCGUACUAUUUGGGAAAAUCUCUCCGAGAGCUUGUCUCACCAAGUGGACGGGUGAUUUAAUUCCACAAUCCAAGUAGAGACAGUCACAUACAUUCGUGUUCACGAUCCAAUACCUCCAGGAAGUCAAGCUUUCAUCAGAGAUUGGGUAGCACAAACUAGCAGAACCUUGUCUUAUUCUCUCUGGGGGUUUUUGUUCAUGCUAGCAGAUAUAAACAUCUCCCUUCUCUGCCCACUAUCUUGAUCCAAUUCUUAGAAUCAAGCACAGAAGACAACCAUGAGGCACAUCCUGGCUGUAUUGGCUCUUUGGAAAAGCUAUUCAGUGAGCCUAAAUCACCCACUUUUUCAUUUUCAGGCACGUGACAAUAUAUCCAGUUCCCUUUUUAAAAUUACUGUUGAAUCUGCUUUCAACACCCUGUCAGACAAUGGAUUCCAGAUUAUAGGAACUCACUGCCUGAAAAAGUGUUCAUUCUCACUCGGCAUUCGUCCGAACUCUUAAUUAUCCCCGAAUGUGCGAGAAGGCUGGUGUGGCUCGUGGAAGCAUCAUACUGUAGGAUGUCCUCUGUUCCACAGUGAAGGCGCAUUAUAAGCCAUGUAUAAAAGGGGAUUUCUUUAACAUCUCAUACUCAAUGCUGCAUCAAACCCAGUGAAAUUCUACACCUUAGCAUGUAGCACUCUUAACUGACUUGGCAAAAAGGAGCCAGGAACAAUCAAACAUUGUUUUUGGAAUAGAUUUAGAAUGCUAAGGAAUCCCUUGCCCCAGUUAUAUUGCUUUGCAGUUGAAGGUUCUGGAACAUGUCCAGUCCCAUUCCGAACACCUUGAUGUUAAGAAUCAGCAAAGAUCACCCUUCAAAACACAACAAUUCUUUGUUUGAAAUUACACACCCAACAGUUUAAAUGUAAUUUCUUUCCUCCAAAUGGUUAAGGGGGUGAUCUAAUCUUGGUGUUUAAGAUGGUAGAGGAAUUUGACAGGGGAGACAAAGAAACAUUGGUGGAUGGCAUUCCGAAUAAGAGGGCAUAAUCUUAAUAUGAAUAUGGACAGGCCCAUAUCUUAGUAACUAAUCCCACAGAGAUAAUCACGGACACAUCGCAAUACUCCAGUAGGAGUAGUAAUCACAAAACACAUCGCACGCAGGGAGAAUCACAGAAUAGGAUAGGUGGUGCUUACAACCAUCUCGACAGCCAAGAUUUCAUAGACAUGGGGAGCAAGUUACUUACAGGAAGAAAAGAAAAGUUGUGUUCGUUGAACUCAUUACAGCCCGAGCAAGAAUAAAAAUGUCCUUUCAACUCAACAGCAAAGACAUUACACCAACAUUUUGCAUGCAUCCUCCUUCAGAUUUUCCUGAUCUGAUUGCAGGCUAGGCCAGGCCAGGAGAUGGAUGCAGAGAUGGAUGAGAUGUGAAGGUUUGGCUGAGCGAUGCUAAUGUUGUUCAUUAACCAAAUCCUUAGGACACUUGGAAGAGCAAUUGUACAAUACCUUGGCAGAGACUGGGCACUUAGAGACCCUGCCAUAGUAGCUUCUCAGAAUCUGGGAAUUCAUGGAAUGUUGAGGAUAUCCAUGUUUAAUCCUGCUUGCCCUACCCUGCCACUAUGUAGAGUAAUUGCCCCUGUCACAAUACCGUUGGCCACCAAAGGGUUGGAUGGGGCAAGAUAGAGAGAAAAGUAAUGGUUAACCAGAGAAUAUAAAUGGUAAAAUAUAAGAACAAGAGCAAGCAAUUUAACCCUUUGAGUCCAUUGCACCAUUCAGUGAGAUGAUAGUUGAUCUGUGACUGAACUCCAUACAUCUGCCUUUACCCAAAAUCCCUUUAUUCCUUUGGUUGACAAAAAAUUGUUAAUCUUAGAUUUAUAAUUAGCCAUUGAUCUAGCAUCAACUGCCAUUUGGGUGACAAGAGUUCCAAAUGUCUACCACUCCUAAGAAGUCUGCUGAUUUCACUCCUGAAAGUCAAAUUUUUUGACUACAGCCCCAAACCCUGGACUCCCCAGCCAGCAGAAAUAGUUUCUCUCUCUCUAUCCGAUCAGUUCCCCUACUUUGAUCAACUCACCCUUUGACCUCUCAAAUUACAGGAAAUAAAACAUUAGUUUGUGUAAUCUCUCCCUAAACUUUGACCCUUGGAGUCCAGGUAUCAUUUAUGAAAUACAGGCUGCACUCCCUCCAAAGUCUCUAUAUCCUCCUUCAGGCAUGGUGCUCUGAACUUCACCAUAAUCCAGCAAAAUUUCCUGAGUGCUUCAAAUGUCUGUACUGUGGGAGGGGUGAAGCUUCAACAAAAUAUUUCAACAAUUCUUUUCUAUCAAGCUGAUGCAAGCUAAGUAACAAAUACAUGAGGGACCGAUGGUAAUGAGGUGGUCACUGUCAGUCUUGAUCGCGUACCAGUUUCUUUAAGAAAAGGUUAAUGCAAAACAGUCACUCAUGCUAAUGUUUUGCUGAGAGGGUGGCUUCCCUGUUCACAGUACAGACUAGGGUCAUCCUUAACCAAAAAAAAAACAAUUGUUGCUUUAAGGUUUGCAGCAGUUGCUCCUGUAAGCUAGCCAAUAAUAUGACAAAUGCCAUGGACAGGUGAGGAGCCAUCCAUAGUUAUCCUCUUGUUCCAGAAAUGCUCAGAAAGCUGUCUGUCCACUGACACCACCCCACCAGAGCCCUGCCAGAAAAAACUGCUUGUGGCGGUUGACCAGGGUGUGAACCAACCCCCCAAAAACCUCCUCCAGGGUCCAUUCAGCUUGUUACUCUUUGUGGAUCUUGCUGUGCAAAAGAGUGACCAACCCUACAACAGCCGCUGUGCUUCAAAGCAACUAAUCAUGCACAAAGCAUCUUGAGCUUUUGAACAGGACACAGUAAGCUGCUUGAUUCAUGCCAGCAUCUGCUUUCUGAUAACAGACUCACAUUUCCAUGGGGUGGAACCACAAAUUAAUUCCCCCGCAACCCCCACCAAGUACCAAGGUGAAAAUUAUGGAUGGCCCCAAACUCACUGAGACACCAAAUUGUCAGGUGGAGUCCAAACAUAUUUCUAGGAUAUUCUAUGUUAUUUAUUUUUAUUUCCUAACAUUGUCAUUUAAGUGGUCUGUAUUUUACCUUGUGCCUUGAUUCUCGAUGCAUCAGCUGCACGAUUUCUUACUGUGGGUUAGUGUUUGCACUCAAGGCUUCCUGAAUGUUGUCCGUUUUGUAACUAUAUGUUUGUAACUUAAGCAUUGAAGUUAUAAUUACAUUCAUUAAUAUGGCAAACAAAUUUUUGAUGGCUCAUCAUGUUAUUUCAUGUCAUUUCAAUGCCUUCCUCACUCAGAUUAUAUGCAUUUAACAAUUCCACAAUUAAAAUAUACAUUCAUCAAGA